AUGCCCAGGAAGCCUGGCUGGAAGCGCUCCGAGGCCACGGCCCGGCGCUGGGAGCACAAGCUAGACUUGUCCUGGCGGGGAGUGGAUGAGCUGGCCUCUUCUGGGCUAGCUGUUCAGGUUCCUCGUCAUGAGCAAUGCCCUGAGCCGACCACUCGCCUUGGUCUUGGUUCUCGGCAUUCUGUGAAGAAGCAGAACUGGCCCACUUCGUCGUACGUCGACAAGCCUUGUAAGUGGGUCGUUCCGCCAGUGUUUCCGGACAAAAAGUUUGCAUUUGUCCUUGGAAACUCCCAUCUGCGUGCGAUCGUAGAUGGGUUCGUGCCGAUGCCAGAAGACGGUUUUUCUUUUGGCUUCUGCUCCAUACCCGGUGGUUCUGCCCGGGACAUAUGCAAGGAGCUGUCUUCACAAAUGGCUUGUGAAGACCCACCACUUCAGAGGGAGCCAGACGUCGUGUGUCUCCUCGCUCCUUGCAACAACCUAACAGCCAGCAAGACGGUUACAGAGGCUGCAUCAGAGUUCGCCCGACUCCUCGACGUAGUGUGCAGCCGCUGGCAAGAGGUCUGUGUUCUGGAUUUUCCACCUCGUCUGACAGUAGAGGUGGAGCUCCAACAGGCCCUUAGGGAGGAGUACCGCCGUGUGGCAGCUCGCAGGGAAAUCCGCUACUUUCCUGUGGCUGAGCACUUCCGGAUGGACAAACUCCGGUUGUGGUGCUGGGAUGGUGUCCAUCUGAGUGACAAUCAUGGGAUGGGGGUCUACGCUAAUCUGCUGCAGCAGGCGUGCUACCAGCAGCUUGAAGGGAAGGUUCCUACCGUUGUGGUUCCUCCCUCCCCAUCCAAACCGUACACCUGGAGGUAUAAGCCAAGAGUGGUUGUGGCUGGCCCUGAGCCUUCGCCACGCCCACCCCCUCCUGAGUGGACAGUUAUUGGACAAGGCCGAGAGAGGAAUCAGCCAAGGGCCUCUACGCACACCCAGAGAUUUCCCAGAGGUCCACGGCUGGUUCAACCGGUGAGGAACGCGCCAAUCCUACCGCUUUCGCCUACAAUGUUCAGCGAGGCCAAUAUGCUCAAGGUGGAAAAGGUCUAUCCAUCUUGUCUGGACUCUACUUCGUCAACAGAAGAGACUCCUCCCCCGAGGAGUCGCAAACCUGCUGCCCGACAGAGAAGGCACAGACGCCCGAGGGUGGCCAGGGCAGCAGCUGGAGAAGUGACCUACUCAUCACUUCUCACUGAACAGCCCGGGAUAGAGAAGCAGACGCCUGUGGAAGUGAGGCUCCGCCCCUCAUUUCCUCGCUUCUUGUAUUCCGGCCGGAGAGCAAUGGGGAGGGAACGGGCGGAGACGAGGGAGAGAAGCCGCUCACCUCAUCCCCCCCCACUUGCGGAUGAGAUCGAAUGGCCUCGACUCAUCGCCUCCGAGUCUCCGAUGGCAGUGACAAGCCAGUCACCUGUCAUGACCACACCGGAGAUAUUGGAGGAAAACGUUAGCAUGGCCAUAUCACCCGCUGUCUCUAGGAGCCGACGCUCCCAGCGUCGGGCAGAGACAGCAAAGCUGGAGACAGGGAGACCCGGCUCAGCUGUCUGCAGCCUAGCACUGAUGGACGUGGAGGUGGUUGUGUGCGGACAUGCCGCUAACCGGGGGUUGGAACCACUGGUGUAA